GUCAAGCGUGAUCACGGAUUUCUAUUGGUUAAGGAGUUUUAGCCUGUCUUCAUACUGUGCUGUCUUUUAGUAAAUUCACGGACGUGUGUUAUUUAAAUUCUCAAUGGCAUCUUCUAAACCGACCGACGAAGAUUCUCUGCUGACAGGAGGACAGAGAAGGUCCAGCAUUGGUGGUGGACGUCCCAAUUUGUUCAUGACCAGAAUAGUGCUGGUGGGGAAGACUGGUGCUGGGAAGAGUUCUUCAGCCAACACCAUCCUGGGGAGAGAUGCCUUCAGAUCAGCUGGUCGUAUGUCAUCUGUCACCAAAGAGUGUUCUAAAGAGACAGGGGAGGUGGGAGACAGACAGGUCACCGUAGUCGAUACACCUGGUCUAUUAGACACAAAUCUGCCUGAAUUGACAGUGAAGAGAGAGAUAGCUAAGUGUGUCAACAUGUCAGCACCUGGUCCCCAUGCCAUCAUAGUUGUCAUUAAAGUAGGUCCCAUCACCAGGGAGGAGAUGAGCACAGUACAGAAACUUGAGGAAAUAUUUGGGAAAGAUGCAGAGAAGCACACCAUGAUCCUUUUUACCUGUGCUGAAGGAGGGAUUGAGAAAAUGUUGGAAGAGGCAAAUGAGGAAUUCAGAAAAAUUCUGCAGAGGUUAGGGAAUAGAUACCAUGUCUUCAACAAUAUGGACAAAAGUGACCGUACCCAAGUGCUGAAACUCUUUGACAAGAUAGAUGAAAUGAUUAAGGCAAAUCAGGGUAGCUACUACACAAAUUACACAUAUCAACAAGUAAACGAAAUGCUUGCUGAUAGGGAAAGGAAGGUCAGGGAUAUCUUUGAGAAGAAAAUGCAGGAAAAGGAGGCAUCAUUACUAGCUAGAUACGAGGAAGCUCUGAGAGCACUGCUGAUUGAAAAUCUAACUCUUGAGGAGACGGUCCUGGAGAAGGAAAACAGAAUCAGACAGCUGGAGAUCAAUAGAGACAGGGACCUGAAAGAGACAAAGCGUUACUUUUCUGCUUUACAAAAAGAUGCACGACAGCUUAUUGAACAGAUCCCAGAUUUUGAGAAUUUAGAGGGUUCCAUUAAGCAAUAUGCAUAGCAUAGCCUAAUCUGGAAACGAAUGGAUUGAUUGAUUUGAGUAUUUUAUCCCCAAUUAGCCGCCGCCAGAAAUACAUAAUAUACAUAACUAUGGCUGUAACGGUGACUAGGCAGUCAUAGGUUAUGGACCUCAGUCAAAUUCCACAUGACCGUUUAGUCACGGUAAUUCGGGUUCUCCAAGCUCUGAUGCUAGUCGUUAGUAGUCAACCAAACUUGUUAACUACCUGGUACUCAGCACUCUAUUGUCUCUCUAAUCUCUCUGACAUCAAUACAAAUGUAAUGGAAAAUCUAAUCAAACACUUCAUGAGAGCUCAUGUUGCUCAACAUUUCUAUAGGCUAUGCAAUUGCGUGAGAAAACAGAGUGAUGGCCUCUAUUAAAAAGAGGAGGAUCCCAUCAGCUCUCUAUAGAGUAGGCCUACUGUAUUUAUUUCUCAAAUUUCCUAAUAUUAAGCACAUUGCUUAUCUUUACAACAGGAGUAUAGAUUACCUGACUAGCAUAAAAAUGAACCACAGGAAAAAGCGUCCUCCAUUCGCUAUUUAAGUGCAGAGAUGACAUAUUUAUUCCCCCUGUUUCGAUACAGGUGCCUGAUAAUGGUCCAUUCUAAGUCAAAAUACAUUUCACACAUAUGUCAUUUAGUAAAGACAAGAUUAAAUCAAGAAUAGUCUGAUGGGUGACAAUAUUAGACAAUCACAUGUGAAUGGUGUAUUAUCACUUGAUACCCAGCUUGUGUGCAGCAAGAAACAGCGCAUGCCUUUUUCUUCUUCAAAUCAUAGUUGCACACCUCAUGUAGCCUAGCCCACAGGCCUAUUUGCUCUGAUAAGAUUUGUAUCACAACUAAGUGUCCAAAUAACUUCUUAAAACAAAGCACAUUAAUCUGCUUUUCAACAGGUAUAAAGCCUAACUACAUACAUAAGCAGGGUGUAGAGCCUAACUACAUACAUAAGCAGGGUGUAGAGCCUAACUACAUACAUAAGCAGGGUGUAGAGCCUAACUACAUACAUAAGCAGGGUCUGUUUUGAUAAUAGUGUUUACUGAUAAUGGGACAUUCAUGCUUACUGAGGUGUGCACAUUGCUUCCCUUAUAAUGUGAAGAAAUAGCCUAAUAGGUUAUCACAUUUUAAGCUAAACAUUCUGAUCUGUUGCAUCAGCCACAUUGCGUAAUUUUUGUUGUUGUUGAUGUAAGUGGUUGUAUUAAUUUGGGAUCUAUCUCAUUCCACAACUGUCCCAGACUAUGUUUGCAAUAUGUCUUUCUCGCACAGAAAGACAAGUUGACCAAUGGAAUAGGUUGACUUUUGUACUAUUGGGGAUAGUAGAUUGAUAUGGGCUAGUGCUGUUGCUGUUCGUUAGACCUACUCAUUUUGUUGGCUGACGAAAAGUAAAUGUGCACAGUUCUUUUAACAUCUAAUAUAUGCGCCUCGGAAUUGGAUAAGAGGGACGUGUGCAGUUGUGUCCCCGAUGUGUCUGUCUUCACUUGUAGCUUACUUCUUAGGUGAGAUGCCUGUGAGAAGGACACAAUCGUGUGACAGGCAUUGGCUAAUAAAAAUGUAGAUUUUUAUGAGAGAGCCAUCUGAGAGAGCCAUGUGAGUGAGAGGUGCUUUGGAGCACAGUGAUUGGCAGCCGGAAGAAGGGGAUUAUAAUAUUCAGCCCAAGGGCGCAACGGCCACUGGCCACAAAAGACGUGGAUUUGUUUAGGGGGCGUUACGGCCACACGGGGGAUUCUGCCAGGAAAUGGUUUGCUUGUCAAAUUGUGAAUGAGAGACUGAUGAAGUGUGUACAGGCUGUGCAAAAAACAAUGAGGGUUUUUACUCAUUACACACGUCAGAUCAACAAAUAUUGUUCACAUAUUCGACACUGCAAAACCUAUUUUAUGACCACAUGACACAAUUUUUGUCUUUGCAAAUUUGGUUUUCCUAGACAUGGAUAUUAUAUUAUGAUCACUACAUCUGAUGGAUCUGAAUAAUCUUGACAGGAAUGUGGUUCUGAAUAUAAACACCAACACCUCCACCAUUGGCAUUCCUGUCUUUUCUGUAGAUGUUAUGACCUGGUACCUGUUGUACCUGUUCGCUGACUCUGAAGGAAAACAACUCAGCGGUCUAUAGGAACUUCCUACUAAAGCUGUGGCAGUCAUGACAUUUUGUCAGCCGGUUAUGCAAAAUGCCUCAGGCUGCACAGCUUUUCCCUCAUCAAGUGAUCAUAUUUUCACCCAUCAGACUAUUCUCAAAUAAAUAUUAUCUUUACUAAUAUAUUCAAUUAGUUUUGAUUUAGUAUGGCACAUGAUCAAAUGGGCAGGAACAGGGGCAGGGUAGAAAAUACAUGUCACAAAUAGCGAAUGGAGGCCACUGCCCAUUUGAUAAUACUACUGUAUCAAAGGAAUUAGCUAAGUGUGUUUCAGAGAAUACAGAAUGUUCAAUAUGGGAAUGUUUGUAUUGUAAUAAUCAUUCAUGCAAGUAUGUGGUAUGUAUAUAUUGUUUUUAGGGUUUUUACUUUUUUCAUAUACUGUAUUUUGUAAAUAUAUGACUGUAAUGAGGACCACAUUGGUUAUAACUGUUUUAUAAUGUUUCAGCACGAAUGUAUUGUUGUUUUACAUUUUCUCUUUAUACCAAAAUACAAAUGAAUAAAACGGACAGAUAAAACAAUACUCGAUUUUAUUACGUAUUAUUACUUUUCUAUUUAUCUAUUGUCUUGUUCUCUGCAUUGUUGCCCGUAAGAAAGCAUUUCAAUGUUUGUCUAUGGCUGUUGUUUACGAAGCAUGUGACAAUAAAAAUGUGAUUUGAUUUGAA